AAGCAGUACGGCGGGAGGCACUAGAGGGAGCUGCGGCCGCCCCGGCCCGGCCCCGAGCACCGCCUCCCCAGCCAGCGCCGCCGCGAUGGCGGAGGACAGCGAGUCUGCGGCCAGCCAGCAGAGCCUGGAACUGGACGACCAGGACACGUGCGGGAUAGACGGGGACAAUGAGGAGGAGACGGAGCACGCCAAAGGAAGUCCUGGAGGGUAUUUGGGAGCCAAAAAGAAAAAGAAGAAACAGAAGAGAAAAAAGGAGAAACCAAAUUCCGGAGGCACCAAGUCAGACUCGGCAUCUGAUUCCCAGGAGAUUAAAAUUCAGCAGCCUUCGAAACACAACACCAUCUGGCAGCAGAUUUCAGCGGGAGCAGCCAUGGAAUCCCAGUGUUCCAAUGCAGAAGUUGCAGGAUAUCCAGAGAGCAAUGGAGCUGCUAUCCGCAUGCCAGGGCCCAGCCAGGAACAUUGACGAGGCUGCAAAGCACAGAUACCAGUUUUGGGACACACAACCGGUACCGAAACUAGAUGAAGUCAUAACAUCUCACGGUGCAAUUGAACCAGAUAAAGACAACGUACGCCAAGAACCGUAUUCUUUGCCACAGGGUUUUAUGUGGGACACUUUAGACUUGAGUGAUGCCGAAGUGCUCAAGGAGUUAUACACGUUGUUAAAUGAGAAUUACGUAGAAGAUGAUGACAAUAUGUUCCGAUUUGACUAUUCACCCGAGUUCCUGUUGUGGGCUCUGCGUCCACCAGGCUGGCUCCUGCAGUGGCACUGUGGGGUCAGAGUGUCUUCAAAUAAAAAACUGGUCGGGUUCAUAAGUGCCAUCCCAGCAAACAUUCGGAUUUAUGACAGUGUGAAGAAGAUGGUAGAAAUCAACUUUCUUUGUGUUCAUAAGAAGUUGAGAUCGAAACGGGUAGCCCCAGUGCUAAUCCGGGAGAUCACUAGAAGAGUGAACCUGGAAGGGAUCUUCCAGGCUGUGUACACCGCGGGAGUGGUUCUUCCUAAGCCCAUAGCCACAUGCAGAUACUGGCAUCGAUCACUAAACCCCAGAAAAUUGGUAGAAGUGAAAUUUUCUCACUUGAGUAGAAAUAUGACUUUACAGAGAACAAUGAAGCUAUACAGACUUCCAGAUGUAACAAAGACUUCAGGUUUGAGACCAAUGGAACCAAAAGAUAUCAAAUCAGUUCGAGAAUUAAUCAACACUUACCUGAAGCAGUUUCAUCUGGCUCCAGUGAUGGAUGAAGAGGAAGUAGCCCACUGGUUCCUCCCCCGGGAGCACAUUAUUGACACGUUUGUAGUGGAGAGCCCCAAUGGUAAACUGACUGAUUUCCUGAGCUUCUAUACGCUCCCCUCCACGGUGAUGCACCACCCUGCUCACAAGAGCCUCAAAGCCGCCUACUCAUUCUACAACAUCCACACAGAGACGCCCCUGCUGGACCUCAUGAGCGACGCGCUCAUCCUGGCUAAAUCGAAAGGAUUUGAUGUAUUCAAUGCACUGGAUUUGAUGGAAAAUAAGACAUUCUUGGAAAAACUCAAGUUUGGUAUAGGAGAUGGCAAUUUGCAGUAUUACCUGUACAAUUGGAGGUGUCCAGGUACAGAUUCUGAAAAGAAAGUUUGUUGACCUUGGUCACUACGAAGGAGUUGGAACUCUCCUUUCUAUAGGUUGCCGUGAUUCUAAAGACCAACCCACAGCUGUGACAUCCCUGAGACUACCACCAGAGGGCGACUGGGCCCCACAGUAGUGCAUAAUUAGGACCUUUCUUGGAGAUAAUGGAAGACUUGGAAUUUCAGAUGGUUCCACCCUAAUUGCAUUAGCGUUCUUUCUUAACAGGAGAAAGGCUUCAAGAAACAAAACAGUCCUCAUUCACUGGAACAGGGUUUGAGAUACCAGCAUUAAGGAAAUGAGAUUUUGACUUAACCUGGAGUCAAGGCUCUAAUUUAGGACUUUACUUCCCACUCAUUUUCAUGCCACAAAGUCUAUACAAAGUAGGUUUCCAAAUAAUUGCAGAAUCAGCCAGGCGCGGUGGCUCACACCUGUAAUCCCUGCACUUUGGGAGGCCGAGGUGAGCAGAUCACUUGAGGUCAGGAGUCUGAGACCAGCCUGGCCAACAUGGUGAAGCCCUAUCUCUACUAAAAUUACAAAAACUAGCCGGGCACGGUGGUGUGCACCUGUAAUCCCAGCUAUUCGGGAGGCUGAGGCAGGAGAAUUGCUUGAACCCAGGAGGCGGGGUUGCAGUGAGCCGGGAUCACACCACUGCACUCCAGCCUGGGCAACAGAGUGAGACUCUAUCUCGAAAGUAAAAUAAAUAACUGCAGCAUUGCCAGUUGGAAACUUUGUCAUGAGCUUACCUCACGGUGACAGUUACACUGCUCCUUUAAAGAGUCAUUUACAUAAUUUGUUAUCAAAUUAUUAACCACUUUUAAAUAGAAUAAUAACUACAUUUGCCUCCAUAAUUGAAGCAGAUUACUAAUUAACAUUUUCGAGAAUUAAACUGCUUGCGUAUGAAGUAGCUAUUAAAACUAAAUUGAAAUGCAAUGGAUAGUUUCUUGUAGAUUUAAAACUGCAUUGUACUGUACUUUGUCUAUAAUGAAAAUGUUCUAUUCAAUAAGGUAUCUUUUUUUCUUCUUUUUGGCCAAGAUGGCACUAAGUAAAAUUUAAAUUGAGAGGUGGCAUAAUCCAUGAGUCAGCCAGACUUUCAGCUGGAAAAAUCUUUAGUAAAUACCUUCCUUCUAAAUUACAGAAAGUAACUUUUCCAUACACACUGUAAACAGCAGACACUCUAACAGAGCAUCGGUUAUGCUCCAUCUCCUAACCUGAAGGACUCUUGUCACACACCCACCUCUGAGAACCCAAGCUCCUCAGUUUUUUUAAUCUUUUGGCCACAUUUCAUCCAAUUACCAUCAUACCUUUUAUACGUUAGAUUUCCAAGGAGGUAAGUGAAUCACGUAAUGGGGGUGAACUGUACCCAGUCAAAAUAACCUUAUCUGACUUUUUCUAUAUUUUUGAUAUUUUUUCUCUAAAUAUUAAGUCUUUCUCCCAAGCUCAUGUCUAUUCCUUCCUAAAAGAAGUCAAAUUGACAUGAAGUGAAAAAUGAUGUGUUGCUUCUGAAGACAAUGGAUUGCUUGGCAUUUGGGAUCUUUCCUUUAAAACUGAUAAUGCUUCCCCAAUUCAGUUCCAUCUACCUGACUGACUAGAACAUUUACUGUGGUACAUUUUCCAGGUUUGAUAGGAAAAUGCUAAGCGUUGUAGGACACAGAUAUUCUUGCUCACAGGCACUCUACCAGCCUUUGAAAAAGUCAAUUUAGGCUGGACGCCGCUGCUCACGCCUGUAAUCUCAGCACUUUGGGAGGACAAGGCAGAUGGAUCAUGAGGUCAGUUCGAGACCAGCCUGACCAACAUGGUGAAACCCCAUCUCUACUAAAAAUACAACAAAAUGAGCUGGGUGUGGUGGUGGGCACCUGUAAUCCCAGCUACUCAGGCGGCUGAGACAGGAGAAUCGUUGAAUCUGGGUGGUGGAGGGUGCAGUGAGCCGAGACUGCGCCGCUGCACUCCUGCCUUGGCAACAGAACGAAACUCCGUCUCAAAAAAAAAAAAAAAAAAAAGGCCAGGCACGGUGGCUCGCAGCUGUAAUCCUAGCACUUUGGGAGGCUGACGUGGGCAAAUCACGAGGUCAAGAGAUGGAAACCAUCCUGGCCAACAUGGUAAAACCCCGUGUCUACUAAAAAUACAAAACUUAGCUAGGCAUGGUGGUGCGCACCUGUAGUCCCAGAUACUUGGGAAGCUGAGGCAGGAGAAUUGCUUGAACCCGGGAGGAGGAGGUUGCAGUGAGCUGAGACCGCACCAUUGCACUCCAGCCUGGACAACAAGAGUGAAACUGUCUCAAAAAAAAAAAAAAGAAAAAGUCAAUUUACACACGCAUGAACACCAGUUUCAAUAAACGUCUGUUUGGAUAUUCCUAAUUUUGAAUAUUUCUUGCACUUAGUAUAUCUGUGCCAUAGUUACAAAGAGUCUUACACAUUUGAAUAUUACCAAACAGGACCCUAUGAAUCUAUGUAAGUAUAACUCAUUUUAUUAGUUUCAAGGCUUCUUUACAAGGUGUCCUUUCACAAACUGUAUGACAUGACAAGUUUAUGCAAGAUUACUUUGGAGUAGCUUUUUUACUUUUGGGUGGUUUCCUUAUCUUAUUAGGGUUUGGAACCAGUUUCUUUAUUUUAAGGGGUUGUAAUGUUACAGAAGCCUGCCGACCGUCAGCAAGCUUUCUCUUAGGUUUUGACAGAUCUUCAAAUGAAGUGUCCAAAAGCUCUCUGUCUUGGCUUUCCAGAGGUUCAGUCUCUAAAUUUUCCCCAGAAUCUUCAAUUCUGUCUUGAAGCCAUGGUACACUUAAACUGGGGACUCUGGGGAUGAUGGCUGUUACUUCGUCCACAAAGUCAGUGGUGUUCUUUUUGAACCCCAAGGCUAGAACACAUUUUAAGCCAAUGACGGGGGCGAUUCUCUCACUGAGCCGGGGGACCUGACAGGCAGGGACACUUCUGCUUAGGCUUAACUGAAUCAAGUGUGAGGUGAUCAUGGCAGGCUUGACUGAUUUACACACCAGAACUAACAGCAGUUCACUCCUUUCCAGGGCUCUGGUAACUUCGUUAACGCCAAUGGCAAGCUGCUUCCUGACGUGUGCAGGCGUCCACCCUGACACUUGCUGCUUAGCAUCUGUUUUCUUCUCCUUCAGAUUCUCACUAAUAUCAACAGCAAUGCUGCAUUUCUCUCUGCUUUCUUUUUUCAGAAAAGGUGUUUUGUUCUUUUUCUUCUUAUCUUCAAUCUUCUGAAGUCCAAUAGCUUUAAGCCUGUCCUCAAGCGUCUGUAGGAUGAAGUGCAUAUCCUCGCUCUCCAGAGCGCUCCAGCGGAUGAUGUAUGGGUUGUUCAACGACGUCUUCACAACCAGAGGUCUCGUCUUACGGAGAGAUCCCCGCCCCGGUGCUUGAGGAGCUGCAGCCAUUUUGAAAAUCCUUCCAAGAAGCAAAAUGACAACAGAAAAAAUUCAUGUUAGCGACAACUGCAUGACUUAAGAAUAUCUUGACUGUACUCUCUGAUUCUUAUUUAUGUAUGUAUUUAUUUUUUGAGACAGAAUUUCACUCGUUGCCCAGGCUGGAGUGCAGUGGCACAAUCUCAGCUCACUGCAACCUCCACCUCCUGGGUUCAAGCGAUUCUCCUGCCUCAGCCUCCCGAGUAGCUGGGAUUACAGGCACCCGCCACCAAGCCCAGCUAAUGUUUCUAUUUUUUUUUAGUAGAGACAGGGUUUCACCAUGUUGCCCAGGCUGGUCUCAAACUCCUAACCUCAGGUGAUCCACCCACCUCGGCCUCCCAAAGUGCUGGGAUUACAGGCAUGAGCCACUGCGCCCGGCCUGUACUCUGAUUCUGGAUAACCUAGAGCAAGCCUGAUUAUAUAAGUCCAAUUAGGUGAGCAUACGCUUGUCUUCCUUUUAAAGAUUAAGUAAUUUUAUUUUUCCCCAUUUUUCUUACCCGAUUUUGAAUGCUCUACGAAGGCUCUUUAAAAUACUCAGGACUAUGGGUGAGUAGUGUUUAAUUUUCCCCAUUUUUUUAUAUGACUUUGUCUUUAUUCCUAUACAAGCAAUAUGUGAAAGUUUUAAUUAUUGCAAUCAUAGUACAAUUCCAUUUGUCUAUUUCAUUUAUUAAAAAUAUUCUGUUUCUACUUGUUCAUAAUUAA